AUGGAUACACUCCUUACAACCGCCGGCUCUGUCUCGCCCUUGUCACAGCUGCUCCUCUUCGUGUACAAGCUUCUAGGAGCACAGUUCGGUAUCGAUCCGUCCCUGCUCUUGACUGCCGUUGGCCUUGUCUGGGCCGUGUCAAAAUUAUCCAAUCAAGUCUACCUUUACUUGGACUCAGUCAUCGAGCGUUAUAUCAUGUGCUCCAUGCACAUCGACGAGGAUGACCAUUAUUACGAUUACGUCAUGAAGUUCCUGGCAAAGCACCCGUCCAUCAAACGCAGCAGGCAGCUCACGGCACAGACCGUCUACCGAAGCGCUUGGGAUGACGAUGAUGAUGAAGAGGACGAAGAUGAUAGCAGGGCGCUGUUCCUCACCAACGGCGGCGACGAUGAAAAUUCGAACAACAGAUAUCUCAACUUUUCGAACCAAGCUGCGACUUCCGCGCCUCGCUACAUUCCAGCAAUGGGAAGGACGAGUUUUUGGCACAACGGCACCUACUUUAGAGUCACCCGACUCAAGGAGGCCUUUGCCAACAGCAGCGGCUGGGGCCCGAUGAAAGACGUCGAAUCCGUUUACAUUACCUGCUACGGCAGGUCCAUUUCUCCCCUCAAAACAUUGCUUGCCGAUGCCAAGGCACUCUACUGGAAGGACCUGGCACAGAAGACCACCAUCUAUCGACCUCGUUCCAAGGAACAGCGCCGCGACUACAACAUGUGGCAGCAGGUAGCCCGACGACCCGUUCGCCCCAUUCGCACUGUUGUUCUCGACAACAAAGAGAAGCACGAUGUCCUGGCCGACAUUAACGAGUACCUUCAUCCCGCCACGCCCCGGUGGUAUGCCUCGCGCGGUAUCCCACUGCGUCGGGGCUAUCUUUUCCACGGCCCGCCAGGUACCGGCAAGACCAGCUUCUCCUUCGCGCUAGCCGGCGUAUUUGGAAUCGAUAUUUACGUCAUCAGUCUUCAGGAUAUCAGCAUCACCGAAGAGGAUCUUGCUGUGCUCUUUACGAACCUACCGCGUCGCUGUGUCAUUCUGCUCGAGGACAUUGACAGUGCCGGUCUCCGACGUGAAGGUGGCGAUGCUGACAAGGACGACAAGGACAAGAAGAAAGAAAAGGAAAAGGACAACGACAAUGAAAAAGAAACAGAAACAGAAACAGAAAAUGAAAACGACAAGGACAAUGGCAAGGGCAAGGAAAAGUCCAAGUCGAAAAAGAAAACAUCCAAGUCUAGGGAUGAUAGCAAGGACGACGAUUCGUCCUCGAGUGACAGCGACAGCGACUCGUCGUCUAGCGAAGAUGACUCCAAAUCGAAGAAGAAGCGCCGGCGCGGCGGUCGUAACGAGACGUCGAGAAAGCGCGGUUCCAAGAAGGGCAUCUCCCUGUCCGGCCUCCUCAACGCCAUCGACGGCGUGGCCUCUCACGAGGGCCGCGUGCUCAUCAUGACGACCAACAAGCCCGAGUCCCUGGACGAGGCGCUGGUGCGGCCCGGGCGCGUCGACGUGCAGGUCGGCUUCUGCCACGCGAGCACCUUCCAGGUGGAGGAAUUGUUCCUGCGCAUGUACGAGCGGCCGCCGCGCGUGGUCAAGACUAAGGACGGCAGCCCGGUGGCGGCGGACGCCAGGCAGAGCGACAUGCUCCUCGAGCAGGCCAACCUGGCGUACGAGGUGGACGUCAAGGAGAACGAGAUGCGCAAGAUUGCCGUCCAGUUCGCCAAGUGCAUCCCCGAGGGCAAGUUCUCGCCGGCCGAGGUGCAGGGCUUCCUGCUCAAGCGGAAGAAGAGCCCGCGCAAGGCGCUGGAGGAGGUGGACGCGUGGGUGGAAGCAUCGCUAAAGCAAAAGGACUCCAGAUCCAAGGUGGUAACGGUGCAAUAG